AUGAUUGGCGACAGUCUCCACGCCGGUGCGUGUGGCAUCGUGCGUAUGUGCCAUCUGAUCAUGGCGUCCCAACCGGCGUCUGAUCUGUGUUGUCCAAUCAGGCUGUCCCGCCCGCUUAAUUGCCCGCCCAGCAAAACGUCCAGCUCUCGAUUAGCUGCGUUUUGGAAGUGUGUCGUUUGGAGGAAGUCGGUCGCUACGAAAAUGGGCUACGAGAAGUACGACUCUCAGAGCAACAAGAAACCGCGCCAGGAGAUCAACUGCCUCCUGAAGUAUUUCAUCUUCAUUUUCAACUUUGUCUUCUGGCUGUGUUUGAGAAUCGUUCGACGACGCAGUCUGCAAACUCGUUACCUCACGUUCAUAACUCCUCGAGCAAAGAGUCUGGUUGAUUUUGGAAUUGAAUAUCCGAAUCUACUCUAA